AUGUGGCUCUGGGACAACAACUGCACCUGCAAAUGCCUCUGGAGGAUGGGUUUAACCUACGGUUCACUGACAAGACAUUUACCAACCGUGUCAUUAUAAAAUAUAGAAAAACCCAAAGUAACCCACCAACACCAAAUAUCCCAGGAUGGCAGUUUGUUAAUGAUAAUAAAACUCUGAUACUAACCAGUGCAGAGAGGAGAGACUCUGGAACAUACAAUUUAUCCACAAUUGAUGCUAACGGGACUGAUAAAGGUGUUUAUUCUCUCCAGCUGAACAUUGAAGCUCAGGUGUCCUCAGUGAAAGUGUCUUACAGCUGCCUGUCACCUGGAGUCAUAAAAGUGUUCUGUUCUGCUGAUGGAGACAACCUCCACUUCAACUGGACUUCUGAUUUUAACACAGUCUCUCAACUGGAGAACAGGAACAGCACUCUUAUACUGAAUAACGUCCAUCACAGAAAUGUCACCUGCUCUGUAGAAAAUCAUAUCAGCCGUGAUCACAUUACCACUGAAGUCUACUCAUGUCCUGAGUCCACAACGGUGAGCGGGACAACCACUGCACACCAUGGUACGAAUUCCACAGUAAGCCACAUCAUGACUCACAAUCCUACCACGAGCGCCCAAAGCCCCAGUAAUAUCUCAUUAUUAUUAUAUCUCAUUCUGAUUAGCCUGAGCUCUGUUUUUGUGCUUCUCAUCAUGAUAUCCAUUUUGGCAUUCUUGGCAUUGUACAUCUACAAGAAGAGACAAGGCCAAAAGAACAAGGAAGCUCCUUCUCAGGAAGGUAGGGAGCUUGUGUAUGCACAGGUCGCCCAUUUACCCAUGGACAGGAUAGAGACAAGACCUGGGAUGUCACAUGAUGAAGACGUGGAGUAUGCUGAGGUGGUUACUCGAGCAACCAAGAGGAAGCAAAAGAAGAAAGAGGACGAGGUGCAGUACGGCGAGCUUGUGUUUAACACUCCAGCCAGGAGCAAGCACAAGGUGGCCAAAGUACAAGACGAUUGUGUGUAUUCACAUGUCCAACACAAUCAGUGAGACACACAUUUUCAGCCUGAUUUAUUAGAAUUUUUAUAAAUCAUCAGACGAAGCGUGAUUAUCUAAAUAUUAUAGUUUUAAGACUUUCACAGGAUAUUUAUCUGUCUGUAUUUUGCAAGAUCAUUCCGGUAGGGGAAGUAGCUACUGGAGACAUUGCACAAGUGCACACACUUACCAAGAACAAACUCCACAGACCAUGCAGUACAACUAUUCUGAUCAUUUAAGUAUUAUCUAGUGAUAAAAUACCUAAUAGUAGUAAACAUUACCAACCAAUUUAUUGAAAUGUUUUCAAGAUUGAAAUGCAUAAAUAUCACCAGAGACUGUCUUAAUAAUCUUAUUUUUAUUUUAAUAAUGACAUAAGUAAGGAAAAUAGUGGGUUAUGCUGUUUGAGGAAAAGCUGCACAAAAUUAUUUUGUGAUAACAUGACAAGAAGUUCCUCUUAUGCAGCAACACAGCAAUAAUUUAAAUUCCAGUCGAUUAUAUGCUUUUCCUUUAAUGUGUAAAAUUUCUUUAAAAAGUCUAUCACACAGUGUACAGUAAAUGUCCCUCGUUGACAAACUCGAACUCACAGCUUUAAUUUUUUUUUUUUUUUUUUUUUUAACUGUGAUUUUGGAGUGUGCUAAAACUCCUUUUAUGUUUUUAUUUGUAAAUAUAAUUAUUUAAAAAAUCCAUUUAUUCUUAAACUUAGAUCAUCUGGUGUGUUUAGGAAACUAACUCCUGUGAACGUAAUAUGAACUUGCAUAUUAAAACAAUCAUAAGCCAGAGCUUCUCAGAGCCGCUGCACUAAUCUCAGAGUUGAGAUUUUCACAGUGAAGUAUUAAACAAAUACUGUAAAAAAUAACCGAAACUUGAUUUAAUUUAAGAACAUUUCACUUGCUGUGAUUAUAUUUGGUGUAGUGGUUAGACUGUGGCCUCAAAGAUCCAGAGUCAAGGGUUUGAGUCUCACCUUGGGUCUGUGUGCAUGGAGUUUGCAUGUUCUUCCUGUUUUUUCUGGGAUUCCUCUGGGUACUCUGGUUUCCUCCCACCAUGCAAAUGACUGGAAGAUUAGUCUAAUAAGCAUAUACAAAUCGCUUGUAGCGUGUGUGAGUGAGUUUGAUUGCAUUAGAGCGCCCUAUGAUGGAUGGGCCUCCUGUCCAGUGCCCUGAGUCUCCUGGGAUUGGCUCCAGGCCCCUAUGAUCUUGUACAGGAUAAGCUGUAUAGAGAGCGAGUGACAUUAUAUGUUUGUUUUCCCAAAAAAGCAGGACAUUUGCUUGUGCAGAAUAACAGAAUACUGUUAAAAGACCAAAAGCUCGCUUUAUUUUUCUAUAUAACCCCAUGAUACACUAAUGCACUUAUACCAG